AUGGCUCUCAGCACUCAGGGAAUCCUUGCAGCAGUGACGAUUGUAAUGUAUAUACCCUUCCUGUUUACUUCGUUCAAGGUGGCGCGCAAGUACGGCAUAUGGCGAGGUGGGUGGACCUCGUUGCUGGUAUUCUGCAUCGCGCGAGUAUCGGCCGGUUCUUUCCUUGUCGCAGCGGAGUUUGUUAAGCCCGCGAACACUGGACUGUACACCGCUGGUUACAUUCUAGAAGUAAUUGCCCUAUCUCCACUGUUGCUUUGCACGUCGAGUCUGUUGCGCACAAUUUCCGAGGAGCCUGAUGACAAACCAGACAACACAGACAACACGAUAUUCCUCUUUCUUCAACUCUCCAACACGGCUGGCGUACUCCUGACUGUCAUUGGUAUCUCUAAUGCGACACGUUCCAGCGCAAGUGCGAGCACCAUGCGUAAAGCAGGUUUCCUCAUCUUUUCUGUCCUAUAUGUUGCGCUUGUCGGCAUUUGGAUCUUUUUAUGGACUAAAGUCCGCCUUGUCAUGAAGUACCGCAAGCGGCUCCUGAAGGCAGUCUCCAUCGCACUUCCGUUCCUGGCCAUUCGGACGGUAUACGGUGUCCUGUCCACGAUCUCUACGAGCACGUUUACCUUUUCGACGAAUUCCUCCGAACCCAGUACUAGCGACCUAGCAGAGUUCAACUUGGUCACGGGAGAAUGGCAAAUCUACCUCGUAAUGGUCAUGCUCGCGGAAUAUGCGAUUGUGAUCAUCUACACUGUUGCAGCCCUCGUGCUGCCUCUCAACGACGAUUACAAACCCCCAGGCUUGAAUGAAGACGAGUUUCCCUUGAACAGGACUUGA